AUGGAACCCGCCAAUGGCAGUGUCCCUUGGAGCGUCAAGCGCUUACCAGAGGGAGCUCCCCCGACGAGCCGCGAACAGAACGACGGUGACGCCAAGAGCAGUCCCGGUGCGCCAGCACCUGAUCCUCCGUUGAUUGUUCCGGCUCCCAGUACUCAGUUGACAACCGAGGGACAACAGCCUGAAGCUCCAAAGAGCAAUUCCCAGAGCCCUCCGCCAGACGUCCCCAUUCCACACGACUUAAGAACUGGCGCGGCACGCGGCACACGAAGCGCCAACAACCAUAAUUUUGAAACCUCUUUUGAAUGGGACGCCAUCGCGAUUGAGAAGCGAAAGUCCUUAGAGGAGAUUACAUCGGCCGCCGAAAGCAAUCCUGGCCACUGGCCAAAGGUGGCCGCUCCAGUGCCCAAGCCUUCCUCCCAAAAAAUGUCCCGGAAUCGUCCUAGGGGCCCUCCAGUGCCCAGGGACAAUGGCGCAAACGAGGAAACUGAUAUGUGGAACAAGAUCCUUCAAGACCUGCGCAAGGCCAAAGAGAAAAAUGACAAGCAAAAAGCGCUGGCAGAACAAAUAGCAGCUCUGAAUGAGAAGAUCGGAAAAGAGGGUGGUAAACCAACCCUUAACGAGCACAAUCAGCUGGAUGGUCUUUACCGCCAAAUGCUCAAGCUGUGCGAAGAAGAAAGAGCUAUCUUGCAAGAUGAGCCUAGUGAUGUGAUCAAGAACCUGGGGCUUCUCAACGCGCUUCGACAGGCCUCAGAAGCAGAAGCCCCGCAGAGCCGUGCUGUAUCGCUAUCCAAGUCUCGAAAGAAGCGAAACGACAUGGAUGGGUCUGCUACCGACUCACCUGGUCCGUCCGGUGGUCUCUCAGACAAAGCCGGUCGCUCCAAGGGGGGUACGCAACGCAGCACGAGUGUGUCCAGCACCCACGUCCGCGACAACGUACAGGUCAAGAUCGAAGAAGGGGCUGAAAGCGCCAAGGGCACACCUGCUGAGCGCAAUGGGCAGCUAGCUGUGGGAGCGGAAGUGGUUUUUAAGCACAACAAAAACAAGCAGGGCGUGGAAGGAGAGGGUAUACAAUGCAUUAUCAAGGGGAUAACAGGUGAGGGCUAUAAGAAAAGAUACGAUGUCCAGGACCCGGAGCCCAACGAGAACGGCGAGCAAGGGGCUGUCUACAAAACCACGGCGGCGUCUCUAAUCCCAAUCCCUCGGAUGGGGUCUACGUUGCCAUCCUUUGCCGUUGGAAAGCAAGUGCUUGCUCGAUAUCCGGAUACAACCACCUUUUACCGCGCGGAAGUCAUGGGAUUGAAAAAAGACACCUACCGCCUAAAGUUUGAAGGCGAAGAAGACGACAAAGAGAUGGAAGUAGACCGUCGGUUUGUCCUAGAUAUCGCUGGGAAGUGA